AUGCCCCUGACUCGAUACUACGACUACGACUACGUCGAUGUCGCGGCGAUCCGGCCGAUGACCAGCGGCCAUUAUGUCUUCGCCAACACCCACGACCUUGACUGGCACCAUCAGAAGAACCAACGACGACGCUACCAAGCGAUGUCGCUGUCGCGCUCCCGCGAUCGCCAUUACCACUACUCCAAUGAUGAGAAGAACGCGAUAAGGAUAUCGCAUCGCAUGAACUCCACGAUUCAUGACCCUUCGGACUUUCGCGACGCCUCCUUUGACGACUACCAGAACCAGGAAGAGGAAGUCCAGGAGAAGAAAAAGAAGAAGAAAAGCUGGAGGGAGCUCCUCGGUAGAAGCUCCAGAAAGGCCAAUCGGAGCUUGUCCGUCUCGAUGCGAAAUGAAAAAGGCGAUCCGAAGAUGAUGUCCACGUCGAUGAUCUACUCGGACACGUCGUCGUCCUCUCCGUCGACCGACUAUGAAAAUGCGCCGCCUUCUUUCUACGUCUUCCAGCCGGAGAGAAGCCGUCCGAGGAUCUCACGUCGGGCUGAACCCAUGCGAUUCGUGCAUCCGCCUAGAUUCGGUUUGGCUUUUGGAAGGGAUUGAGGAGAUUCGCUUAUAGUUCUAGUAGCUCUAGAACUGCUCUAAUCUCGGUCAAACUGUGUUCGAUUUUAAUUUUGAUUUGGCUUCAAAUGGCUCAAAAUUGAAUCUUUCUCAUGAAUUCUAUUCUUUUCGAGCUCAAUUGUAGGGUCUCAGCCUAGCUGAAGCCAGGUUUCUUUAGAAAUAAGUGAGGUUUAAGCCAGAUCCACCAGACUUUGGUUGGACUUUUAUUUCUUUUGAGCUGAUUUUUUCUAAUUUCAACCAUUUCUCGGGCUUUCAUUGGUUCAACUUCGGAUCUGCGUUUAAUCUUCGGAGCUCUAGAACAUUUUCUAUCAUUUCAAAGUUUUUUUUUUAAAACCUUAAUCAUCCUCAAUUCAGACUUUGGAUGGGAUUGAAAUAAUUUUUCAAGUAAAACAAGUAUUACUUCGAUUUUAUCUGAUAUGAUAUUGAUUCUCAGACUUCAAAUCAUGUGAAAUAAUCACUUUUGACUUUCACUUUUUGGAAAGAAUUUGACUUUCAAAAUUUUGGUCAUGUCCAGCUCAAGAUUUAGUCCGAUAACUUGAUUGAAAGAUUUUUUGAAAGUUUCUCAUAAAAAUUAAGUUUUCAGGCCCUUGGCAAUCAAAGAAAAGUUUUCUCCAAUAGAAACAUGGAAUAAAUAAUCCCGUUAUAUUUUUUUCAUCGAGUUCAUUUUGAAUUAUUCCAGAUGCCUUCGUAAAUAGCCACGAGUGGACGUUGAGUCGGACGAUCAGCGAAAUGCGAUUGGUCAGUUUUUUUAAAAAUUAAUUUCACUCCAAAAUGAUUUCCCUAAACUCUAAGAAAAGUUUCAAUGAUAAACGAAGUGGAAAGAUUAAGAAAUUUGUCUACUACGAGGGAACUACUCGGACUCGGGUACGCGUUUCGAGUUAGAAGAGCUAAUUAGCUAUAAGAAGCUUAAGACCAGAACUUCUUUUACCCGACUAGAAGGCCUUUUAUCGAGGUUUUAAGGUACUUAUCAACUUAAAAUAAGCCUAUUUUAUCGAAGAUUUAAAGGCGCUAGUAAGCCUAGAAACGGUAAUUACCCUUUUUCUUAGCUUUGAAGUCCAUCAGUGAUAAUUCCAUUAGACUUUCACACCUAGAAGGUGCUGAAGGUUAUUUUCAUUUAAAUAGGCCUAUUGAGUUAAAAUCAGCCUAUUUGAAGGUACAAAGGUAAUCAGAAAGCUUGAAAUUCUAAUUUUUCUCUGUUCUCAGCUUCUUUUAAGUCUACAAGGGAUAACUCCAUCCUACUUUCCUACCGAGAAGGUGCUAAAAAGGUUUUUUUACGGUUUGAAGAUGCUUAUCAACUCGAGGCUUAUUUUAAUCAAGUAUUGGACGGCACAAACUAGAUAGCCUGUAAUUUCCAUUUGACUCUUUUUUAAGCCUGUAAGUCCAUAAGUGAUUAUUUCAUUACACUUUAAAACCUUGAAGAUGCUAAAAAGGUUAUUUUACGGUCCAAAGGCACUUUUCAACUUGAAAUAAGCUUCCUUCAUUCAAUUUUUGAAGAUAUCGGUCAGGAAUCCUUAAUCUCUAAUUUUUCACAGCCCCUAGCUUUUAAGUCCAUAAGUGAUAAUUCCAUCCCACUCUCCCACCUUAAAGGUGCCAAAGAAAAGUCUCACCCAAUUGACCCGUUGAUUUAUAUCUGUCUGCCACCGUUGCGCAACCCUGAUUUGUGUGUUGGUUUCUUCCUUUUUUGGUCCCAAGUGAGGAUUAGACCCGGCAGCACACGUGUCUUCCUCCCUUUGUCUCGAGCCCUUUUUGCGUAACCAGCCAAUUUAUCGAGGUCUUUCGAGUGCUCUGCGGGGUGCUUUCUUUCUUCUAAAUGGUUAUUGUAGGAAAUUUUGGGUUACUGUAGGCUUAAUUGACAUUUUUGAAAGUUUCUUGAAAUUCAAAAAAGAUUCCAGAUCAAUUUUGGACCAAGAGAGAAGUUGAGCUUGAGAAUAGACUUACCUAGAAUUUGAACUGUGUGGGCGCUGAAUGGCUCAAUGUUUAGCGCCAUCUUUAAACUGCAUCCGACCCGGAACGGCUUGCGCGGAGAAGCAUGUGAAAAUGUUAAAGUAAAGCUGUAGACCUUGAUCGAACCGCAAUGCCACCUUAGUCUUUUUUGAAGCUGCAUCCGACCUGAAACGGCUUGCGCGGAAAAGCAUAGGACAUGGGAAAUAGUUAAAGUAAGUCUGUAGACCUUGAUCAAACAGUAACGCCACCUGAGUCUUUUUUGAAGCUGCACCCGACCCGAAACGGCUUGCGCGGAAAAGCAUAGUGCGCAGAAAAUUUUAAAGUAAGGGUGUGACCCUUGAACAAACCGCAACGCCACCUGAGUCUUUUUUGAAGCUGCAUCUGACCUGAAACGGCUUGCGCAGAAAAGCAUGAAGCAUGGGAAAUUUUUAGAGUCUGUAGACCUUGAUCGAACCGCGACGCCACCUUAGUUAUUUUGAUAGUUUGAAAUGAAUUUUAAAAAUUCUUGUUGAUGAAAGGUUUUUUUGGACCUUCCUAGCUGGCGGCAUGAAUUUCAGGCUAAUAAGUCGGAAUUUCGAAUUUUAUAAUAGAUUUUUUCAAUAAGAAGCUGUCUUUCAGUAAAUCAUUGGCUUUUCUUAGGCUUACUGUAGCAAUAUAUACCGUAAUCAUACAAAUUAUUUUCAAGUAUCACAGUAAUGCUGUCUGUGUGAAAGUUUAACACACCAAAUGAAGUUUUUCUAAGAUUCUGAUUGAUUUCUGAGCUUACUGUAACCGAAAUUCGAUCAGAAGCUUUUUAUUACAGUUACAGUAGCCAAGAAGAUAAUUAAUGACUCCUCUCAAGAAGUGCCACCACCUCAUUGAACCCCAAUAACUCUUGUCGUCGUUGAUAAUUGCGCCACUUGGAUCAUGACGUCACCAGACGGGUGCUGCUGGAUAUGACGUCAUCCGAGCACUUGACGUCUUCAUAGGCCACUGUUGCACAACUGUCGCGUAGGUGCGACCUCCCUUCCGGUUGCUCAACUUUUUCUUCUUUUCUUUUUAUUUGCUCAGGUAAUGGAGAUGGUCCCGGGUCUUGAAGGGCUUUUUGGGCUGAUACUUGGGGGUUACUGUAGGUGGGAAUGAAUCGAGAAGAAUUGCCAGAGUUAUUCAACUUAUCAGAGUUGCUUCUUGAACGGAUAAUCGUGAUGAACUUUUGAAGUAUUCAGCUGCGUGAUACUGUAGGCUCUAAAGGUUACGGUAGUUUGUUAUUUUACUAUGAUUUAUCUUUAUUUCUUCAUUCUGUCAAUGAAGAUAGUCCCUCGUCUUGAGGUGCUUUUUGGGCUGAUUCUUGGUGGUUACUGUAGGUAGGAAUGGAUUGAGAAGAAUCGCCAAAAGUGGGGUUAUUCAACUUCUUAGAGUUGCUCCUUGAACGGAUCGUGAUGAAGUUCUGAAUAUUUUAACUCGGUGAUACUGUAGGCUUCAAGGAUUACGGUAGUUUGCUAUUUUAUUAUGCUUAACUUAACUUCUUCAUUCUGUCAAUGAAGAUGGUUCCGGGUCUUGAAGUGCUUUUUGGGCUUGAUGGUUACUGUAGGUGGGAAUGGAUCGAGAAGAACCGCCAAAAGUGGAACUAUCCAGCUUUCAAAAGAAAUAGAACUUGUAGACUAUUAUAAUUUAGAGUCUGAAAAAUUGAACUGUUGUAGAUUACGGUAGGUCUAGAGGAUUACUGUAUGUCAGCUCCAGGAGUUUUUUUUUUAGAGAAAGGAAUGCUCAAUGGUCGAUGUAGAUGGCCAGAGAAGGGACUGUAGGUUUUCACUUCAUUUUUGCUUUAGUUUGAGGAUACUGUAGAUUACGGUAGUUUUUCAUUCUCAUUUGUUAUUUCAACUUUUUUUCUGGCGGUGGGAAGGUCUUGAAGUGUUUUUUGGCUUGAUACUUUGAGGUUACGGUAGUAGAGAGUUCUGAGCAUACUUUGGAAUGCACUCGGUUACUGUAGGUUGGAAUGAAUCGAGAAGAACUGAAAUAAUUGAUUCUAGUUGAAAUAAUUUUGUGGCUAGCAUAAAAGUUUUCGGGUAAACUUUUUUAUGAGGAAAAGAAUCCACUACGAAACCGUUGUAGAUAACACUGGAACAUCUGAAAAGAGGUCCAAGUGAUUCUUAAGUUAAAGUCACGAAUUCUUUGCACAUACCUACCUUGUCCGAAAAGUAUCUGACUGAGUGACAUGUGGACUCGUAGAGAAGAUUAAUAGGUACUUGUGGGCAGAUGGAGUUGGCUCCGCUGGACACUGAGCUGGCACUUGAGAGCUCCCAGAGCACCUGUCAUUUUUUGGGUUCAAAGCAACCUAACAGACUUACGGUACCUUCUUUGAGCCUUUGAAAGAUCAGAAAUUGCUCUGAACUGACUUCUGAGGAGAACUAGCCAUGAAAGGUGUUUUUAAAAGCAUUCUAAAAGAAGUUUCAGUGGAGCACGUUUUCUUGAUAUUUAACGGCCGAUUGUGUUUUAUUUGUUUCAAAAGUUUACGGUACCAAAAGAAGCACCAAUAAUCUUAAAUUUUACAGGUUAACAAAAAAGCUAUUAACGGAGACCUUUUACCAGUUCACAGUAACCUAAAAUUCUUACGGUGUCUUUUCUGAGCCUGUGAGUUUCUCUGAGUUUUUGAAUUUGGCUCUAAACUGAUUUCCGCGAAGAAAAAGCUCAAAAUGGAACUUUUGAAGCUUUCUGAAAAAUAACUUUCGGUGGAGCACACUUUCUUGAUAAUUUACAGCCGAUAGUAUUUUUUUAAUUUUGUUUAUUUGACGGUAGAGAGGUACCGAAAAUCCUAAAAACUGUCAAGGAGAACUUUUUAUCGAUUCAGAGUAACCUAAAAGGCUUAAGGUACUUUUAAAGUUUUUAAAAAUUCAGAAAAUGGCUCCGAGCUUCUUUAAGCUCCUACAACGGCACUCGACUGAGUUCAGCGAAAAAAAAAUUCGAAAUGGAAUUUUCAAAUGCCGUGUUCGAAGUAAUUUCCGCGAAAUUCAAAAUAGCCGUCAGAGAAAGAGAAAGAUAACUAAAUUUUGGAGGGUCAGAGACCAUUUUGCAUUUCGCGGAAAUUACUUUGAACACGGCAAAAGCUUUUGAAAGAAUGUUCGGUGGAGCACAUUUUCUCGAAGUAUUUACGGAAAAAACUUUUUUUUUAACCUUUUGCUAUGUAAAUUAAGAUCAAAGGUAUUUCUCGUACUCCUCAAAACAGACAAACCUAGAUAUCCCAUUAGGUAAGAUUAUACUUCCGGCGGCUUCUUUGAAAAGAAAAACCACCAAGUUUACCGACCAGCUUAACCUUUUUCGGUUACCUGAGAUCUCGUACACUUCCGCCAGCAAGAACUAGAUAAGCGGAUAAAGCAUUGAAGAAAAGAAGAGAUCAAAGAAAAAAGACCGGCCGUUUUUUUUUCUCUGAGCAGUUGGAAAUCUUCUGGCCCAUUAGCCGUGUUGCGCAUGAUACAGUAUCGGGGCGGCGCUCAUUUGAUGCGGCUAAUUGCGGCUUUUUUCCAGCGCGGCUCUUUUUUUUCCUUUCGGAUCUGGGAUUAUCUUUUUUGCAUUUGAUCUCAAUAUUUUGGUGACGCAAAACGGUUGGAGGUGAGAAAAUAGCCGCUGAUUGAGCAGAUUUUGAGCUCCAUUGAGAAUUUAGAUUUAAGAAAAUUUUCUAGUCAAGAUAGGAUGUAGAAAUAGCCUCCAAAUGCACCACUAGGCUAUUUUCAAUACAUUUCCGAAGAUUUAUCACUGGAGCAUGUUUUCUCGGACUUCAACGUCUGUUUUUGGAUGAAAACUUUUCGAUGAAGGUUUUGCAGUUUUUCAAAAGUUGUUCGUUGGAGCGCAUUUUCUGAAAUCUUCACAGUUAUUUUUUUGAACGAAAUAUUUUCGAUGUAGAUUUUGCAGUUUUUCCGAAAAUUGUUCGUUGGAGCACAUUUUCUGGAAUCUUCACGGUUAUUUUCCAGUUUCAUAAUUUUUGCACCCUUUUUCCAACAAUUAAUAGAGCACGUUUUCCUCAUUAAUAAUAAUAUAAUUUAUUUACAGGCAGAACGAAAUAACAUUGACUGGUCCAAUAACUUCAUCUUGAAAAAUAUUCCGAUGAAGUUUCUAAGCUGUUUGAAGCGUUUUUUUAUAGUUUUCACAGAAGUUACAAAUGUAGCAUAUUUUUAGAUACAGUUUCAUUAAUUUUACACAAACUUCUUUCAAUUUGAACUUUAGAACGUGGGAUUUCUCAGGAAGAUAGGAAAAAGAUAGGAACAACGGAAAAAAGAAUUAUCGACCCAUUGAGCAGCCAAACCUCGAAUAGCUACUUUUUCUCACAUUUUUCCAUCAAUUAUCUCAUUAAGAAGACGAUUAACGUUUCCGCCACCUCAAAAAUUGAUCCUUUAAUAAUUUUUUGCCUGUUCUUAUCAAUGAGGCGGAUCUUGAUCGGAAGCGCGUAAUUGCGCGCUCUCGUGGGAAUUUGGCUCUUUUCUUGGUGUGCAACUCGUUUUAUUUGCACUGGGUCAGAUAUAUUACGUUAGAGCUGUGAUACUGUUUGUGGAGGAGAAAUUUGAACUCGAGGAAAGGUUCAGGCGUUUUUUGACAGGAAAUCUAGUAUUUUCUGUGAAUUUAACAGUUUUCAUUUUCAAAAAUUGGUUUGGAGUUGCUAAAAAUUAAGUUUUAUCUUCAAAAAAAAAAUUUUUUUUUCUGGCAUUCGUGACGUCACAAAAAAAGGAAAAAUGACGUCAUUUUGUUUCCAGUUGAACAACUUGUAUAUAGUAUGACGUUAACUAUGGAGUUAUGAAAGAAUAGAUUUUUUUUUUCUGACUUUCUACCAAGUCCAGUUAAAUUUGACGUCACUUUACAGGUCUAUGACGUCAUUUUUCAUGCUAAACUUGUAAAAUGACGUCAUUAGAUUUUUCAGCUCUAUGCGGUUUUAGAUUUUUGAACGAGUAGAAAAAGCUCAAAAUGAUCAAAAAAUUUCCAAUUUGUUCAAAGGAUUUCACUUUUUUUGGACCAAUUUUUACCUGUAUGACGUCUUUUUCCCACGCUCACCUCCCUCAUGAGUUUCUAAAGAAGAUAGUAAAAAGGUAAGAUGAGUAAAAACAAGAAAAUAAAAACGAGGAAUUAUCACUGGAGCAUAUUUUCUCGAAUUUUACCGCUCACUCUUCAUUUUAAACUUCAUCAGGGACGAAAAUCGCUUUUUUCUCAUUGAGUAGUUUUUUUUCUUCAUUUUCUGUCCAUUUGACAUCAUUUUAAUAUAUUUUAGUACUUUUUAAAUAGUUUUUUCAAAAAAUAUCUCUCCCAGAGCCUGAUAAUUUUCCGGGUUCAUGGUUUCACUCGAUAUGACGUUACUAUCCCUCUCAUAACUUACCAGAGAUCAAACAAAAAGUAGGAGGAGUUGGCAAGGAACCAAGAAAGAGUGUAGGCAGGGGGACGACCGACAGACGCCCGCCGCUCUCCCUCCUUCUAACCUAUCCCGCUAAUUAUAUGACGAUGACCCCUCCUCACUCUUUGCGUCGUUUUUCCUUCUUUUUUUUCCCUUUUUUGGUCUUGCCGCUCUUUUUUUGGAGAUUUUAUUGGGCUUGACUGGAUUCUAUCAAGAAGGAAGGGGGGAGGUAGAGUUUUCGAUUCAUUUAUGUGUUUUAGAACUGUUCUUUUUGAGUUUUUGGACUUUUUAGCGCUUCAAAUUGAUUUUUUUACAAAAAUUUAAUGAGAUUUUUUUCUAAAAAUUUAUGCCAUUUUAGGAUUGCCUGACUAUGAAAAAAAGUAAAGAAAAAAAGCCUUAAAAAUUCAAUUUUCAUUGUUGUUUUUUUUGUUAGGACAUUUGAGAUUUGCUAUCAGAGAAGCUUUUUUUGUAUGAAAAUAGGCUUAGAUAUUUUUAAAUUUCAGUUUUACCCCACUUUUUAGAACUUAUUGACAAAUUCACGACGUCAUUUUCAGAAUUUAGGUUGAAAAUUUGGGUCUAUUUUCCACGGAAGGCCUCUUUUUCCAUACUGGGAAAAUGUUUAGUGGCCACUAUAGAGGCUCGCCAAAGACUACUUGGAGAGGACACUAAAGUGGCCACUAAACCCACCUCUAUAGUGGCCACUAUUUUCCGUUUUAGUGGUCACUAUAGAGGCUCUCUAUUUAGUGGCCUCUUCAGUAGUUUUUAAUCCAGUAACUCUGAUAUUUUUGAAACACACAGAUUGGACCAGUUAUGUUGAUCCAUUGACCCCUAAAGUGUCCACUAAAAUUUUUAGUGGUUUAAUAGUAGCACUUAUACCUCUAUAGUCGCCACUAAUUUUUACCCUUAAGCGGUCACUAAUUUGACUAUUAUAGUGGCCACUAAAACGUAAAAACCCUACAGCAGCCCUUAAAAAUUUUCCCAGUAAGACCCAAUUUGUAACUCUUCACGCUAUUAUUUUCCUUGUCCUUCAGAAAACUUUUAAAAUGAAAUAUCAUUAACUUUAUCUGUAGUUUCUUUUUUCACGACAAUAUAAUUUUUACACACUUCAUUUUCUUUUGAAUUGAUAAAUGAACAAGUAGAGAUACGUCCCAAAUUGAAUUGAAAAGGCGCAGAAUAGAUUCGUUUACAUUAGAUUGCCUAAACAAAAACACUGCUUGUACUGGUUUUUUAUAAGAUCGGACUACCGCCGUUUCUCGGUAUUUUGGGUCAGUUUUGAAAAUACUUUAAUAGAAACUACACUAUUUUAUGAAUUCCUUCAUGUUUGACUCGUUUCCUGAACCAGACUCGAGACUUUUCUAUUUGAUCUUCUUUGAUCUGAGAUCACCGGGACGUCCGCGCCGAGACGCCCAACCGUGUCGGGAACCUUUCUUCUUUCCCAUUUCUAACACUUUUUCGUCUGUCCUUUUUUGUUCUAUUUGUCUUGCAUGCUUUUUAUGGUUGUGGUUUUUUUGAUCACUUCUAAGAGUUUAACUGAUUUUUUUUACUUUAAAUUUUCAUAUUAUAGAUUAUCAAUUAAAUAAAAAAAUAAUAAAAAAACUAGGAAAGUACUUCAACUUCCCUUUGAAUUUUUCUGGCUAAAGCUUCUAGAACUUUAAGAUUUUAAUUUUAACGUCCAAUUUUUCAAUUCUGUGAACUUUUUUUACUUCAUUUGGUGCUGUAAAAAUAUAUCAAAAAGUGGAAUACUUAGUUUUUCUUUUGAUGCUUGUUAUUAAUGUGAUUUUAAAACACUCCAAGAGUCUUAAUUGAAUUUUUUUACUUAAGUUUUUUUAGUACUUAGUUUUUUUCCACUCAGUUUAUGAACAUUUUGAUCUUAUUCAUUUUCAAAUUUUUGCUUCUUUGCGUUUUUUUGUAUUUGAAAAACGGCUUAAAAAGGACUUCAAUUUUUGAUUUUAAGAACGUGGGCCGUUGAAAAAUGAACUUAUAAGCAUAAUUUUUUUAGUUUUGUGCAAUUUUUACUGCAUUAAAAAAAUUGAAAAACUUAUUUCUAGAAGUCUUAUAAAUAAAUCUUGAGGCUUUAGCGUCCUUGAUGGGGGGCGGGGGGUAUGAUUUCUUAAAAAAAUUCAGAUUUUCAUUUUCAAUAGUUUUUUUAAUUAAAAAUUCAUUUUCUACUUUCUAGAGACCUACUAAUUCUUACAUUUGAGCCCAUUUUCCGGCCACCUGUCCUCAAAAAAUAACUAGACCAAAAAUCAUCAUUGGCCCGACUUUUCGCACCUUUUCGAGCGCCGAUAUGACGUCAUCGCUCAUUUCCUUUCUUCUUCUAUUCAUUUUCGGUGUUGCGAUUGCCCUGUUGUACUAAUCCUCCUUUUGGGGAAAAAAGAAACAACCGCCAAUUUGCGCACCUCUCAUCCCCCGUUGUGACGUCAUCCUCAUCGCGCAGGCUUUUGACACGAUUUUUUGUAAAGAUCUUUGAGGUUACUGUAGGUUCUGAGGACGAUGGCUAAGGUUCUAAAGGCUUGGUAGUAGUUCAGGAGCUUUUUUUGGGUCUUCCUUUGCUUUUUUUCCAGUUAAAUUUUGAAACCGAUCAAUCUAUUACUUAUUUCUGCGAUUUAUUAUUUUAUUGAUUUAAUCAUGUUCAGGGCAUCGUUGGGACGACGAAUUCCGGGAAAACUUCGCUGGUCCAUCGAUACUUGACGGGAACUUUCACCGCCGACGAGAGUCCUGAAGGUACUUUUUGGACUUUAAAAAAACUACUUCCUGAAUUUUUCGCCGUAUAUCCAUCAGACAAUUGUACAGAGAUUCAUAAAAAAAAUUUUGUAAAUUCGAUUUUCCAAGAAAAAAGUUUUAGUGAUGAGAAGUAAAUAAUUUAGAGCUCAAGAAAACUGGAGAAUGAUCUCAAUUUUCUUGAUUUUUGCGCUCCAAUGAUAAUUAUACAAUAAUCAAACAUUUUUAAGUUCUUAUUGAAAUCAAUUCACAGUCCAUAUUUGGAGCUAAACAGGAAAAAUGGAAAAUCAAAGGUGAAAUCCAUUUUUUCAUGAGCUUAUGCGCUCUAAUGACAAUUUUCGUUUUCUCGGACAUCUCGGAAAUUGGGACGUUUCUGGGCGAUUCUAGGGAUCACUUAAGAGCGUUGAGGCUACUAAAGUGGUCACUAGAAAUGCCCCGAUUCGCGUCCCGUUUGCGUUAUCAAGGUCCAAGAUUGGUUACGCGAAACGGACGUGCUCCGGACGUUUCUGGGCAUUUCUAGGGACCACUUUAGUAGCGUCAGCCCUCUUAACUGAUCCCUAGAAUUGCCAGAAACGUCCGUUUCGCGUUACCAAUCUCUGAGUUUUUUUUGGGUUAACACGAUUUUUUGAAAGAUUUCUUGAUGUUUGACUGGUCUCCCAGAUUAAUUUUCAGGUCUUCUAAAAGUUAUAACUAUUUUUCAUGUUCUUAGAGAUCCCAAUCGAAAAUAAUACCAACUAAAAAUUUUUCUAACAGAUUGUGGAUUAACACCUGAUAUGAUCUACAUUUUUUUAUCCCUUUCCUCAUCAUACAUCCCUUUGAUCUCCACCGAAAUCGACUGGCUGGGAGGUCUGGCGGACAGACUUCCCUCGGUCACAUUCCUUGUCUUGCCGAGUCGGUGUUUUAUGAGCUCCGAGAUAUGUUGCUCAUUUGAGCCGAGCCGCCCCUCGCCAUUUGCCUCCUGCAAGGUCGACUUUCCUCCACUUUUAUUGGCUUUUGGCGGGCUCUUGACUCUUUUUUGGAGCUAUUUUUGAUCUGUAUAGGUUCUGAAAGAAAUAUAAAAUCUUUAAAAUCAAAUUGUAAAUUUGAGGACUUAGUAUGUGCUAUUUGCGACGCAGGCUUUCCUCCACUUGGCUUCUUUUAUUGAAUUUUUGCGGGUUCUCGACUCUUUUUGGACCUAUUCUAGUUGCUUGGUUUUGGAAAAAUUGUGUAGACAGGUAAGAAAAAUGAUAAAUUAAUGUUUGGCCGCUCUCUAAAGAGCUUUUGCGCUCUAAGGAUAGAAUGAGCUUUUUUUUGACUAUUUUUGAUGUGAUGGAGUUCUGAAAGCUUUAAAAACAGGGUUCAAAGUCGAUGUCUCAUUUUCGGAUUUUCUACGCUUAGUUUUGGCUUUUUGCGGCUCCAGACCGUUUUUUUCAAAGCUAUUUCGUGAUACUGAACGUUCUAAAAUGAAAAUGAAGCUUUCAAAAUUUUUUGCUGCUAUGAAACUCCGAUUAGAAAGCAUUAAAAGACUUAUAUUAAUGUUUUUGAGCUUUUGCGCUCUACGGAGAAAACUAGCUUUUCGUAGGCUGUUUUUGAAGCUCUUUUUACUUGAUCAAAUUUGAAAGGGAUAUGAAUUUUUUAAAGUUAUGUGAAAGUUGAUGUCUCGUUUUUUGAUUUUUUGAGCUUCCUACACGACUUUUCUCCACUUUCCAUAGCUUUUUUGAAGCUCUAGAAUAUUUAGGAGCUUUUUCCUGUUUCUGAACGAAGCGGCCUGAAAAUAUAAUUUUGAGAAGGUUGAUCUUUGUUGAUAAAUUCAUCAAAAUUCACCGAAAUAGAUCAAUUAAGAUUCAGCCCUUUUUUGGGAACUUCUGCGCUCUAUGGAUAAAAUUAGUUUAUAGGAGUUGUUUUGGGUCUUUUUCGAUCUGAGGAAGCUCUGAAAGAAGCAUAAACUUAUUGGAGCACGUCUCCAUUUUUUGAUCUUGGAGAGAAUUUCCCUAUUUCGAUAUAUUAUUGAACAGACCCAAGACUAGUCCAUUCACUGACUCUUACCGAUACAAACUGCAACCUGUAAUUAGGCAAUUACCUAUGAAUAACGAGAAUGACGUCAUUUGCAGGAGGCCGGUUCAAAAAGGAAGUGGUUAUCGAAGGGCAAAGCCACCUGCUGCUCAUUCGAGACGAGGGACAGGCCCCGUUGGAUGUUCAGGUAUGAAUAGUUGAUUGAUUAAUAAAAAUUAUAUUGAUUAAUUGAUUAAAAUGACGUCAUAUCGUGAGAAUUUAUUAAUUUUUUCCUUUAAAAUAACAUUUUUCGAAAGUUGAAGAUAAAGUUGGUAUCAGAAUUUGAUGAGGUUUUGUACAAGGGGGUGCUUUCGGACCCACUGGUUUUAAAUUUAUCCAAAUUUUGCCGCUUUUUCCUUUUAAGGAAGUCCUCAAAGACUCUGAAAGCUUCUUUUUCUCUGAUUAGAAGAUUUUUGAUAGUUUCUCCCAUUUUUAGGUAUCAUAAUUCGAAUAGAAAAAAUAAUUUCCCAAUUUUUCGAAUCAGCACUUAUUAAAGUAGCUCUUUACAAAGCUUCAUUGACUUUAAUAAGUUCACCAUUUGCGUUUCCGUCUUAACUAAGAUCCUGAAUCAUUUUUACUACCAUUAGCAAAAAAAAAAGUUUGAAGAAGUUUCGAGCUUACUCGCAAAAGUUAUAGUGCUUCAAACGUGUUUCAAUACUUAUGACGCACCAUUCAAAUGAAAUUUCUUCCAGUUCUGCCAGUGGAUCGACGCGGUAGUUUUCGUGUUCAGCGUGACCAACGAGAACAGCUUCGACAGCAUCCGGAGGCUCUACCACGACUUGGGCAAACUGAGAAAUAUCAACGAGUUGCCCCUGAUUCUCGUCGGCACGAAGGUGAUAUUCUGAACUCUUUGCUAGGCCGCACCCCGGGGUGGGAUCCAGCCGACGCAUGUUUUUGGCGCUUUAAAAUGAGAUUUUUCGGGUCGAGAUCUAAUUUUUCGAAUGGUUCAGUGACCGUAGCUGUCCUCUUAUCAAAUGUUUGCUCUCAUAACUUUUUUAAAAGAAUUUAACGGGUUGUAGUCUGCUCGGAGAAGAAGGCACAUGCCACCAGAAACUUGCUGACCUGUCCUCUCUGUUGAAGAAUGCUAAAGCGCGGUAGUAGUUCUUGGUCGGAUGCACUACGCGAUUUUAGUGAUCAACAAGACUUGACAGACGGAAGUUACCCUUUUUUGUCCAGGAAAACGUGUCGGAGAAGAAGGCGCGAGUGAUCAGCGAGGAGGAAGGCCGACAGAUGGCGGCGCACCUCAAACGUUGCGCCUACUACGAGACAAGUUCCACCUACGGCACCAACGUUGAGCGGGUCUUCAAGGAAGGUAACCAUCCAUGGAAAAUACAACAGAAAUCUGAACACUCUAGUGGAGAAUGAAGAGAAAUUAGGAAUUUGGAUUGAACAAUGAGGAAAAGUUCAUAUUUUCUAGUGAGAUAAAAGGAGAAAUUGGAAUUUUUAUUUUUUUUUAAAUUGGAAUUUGGGUUUGGUGGCUUUGCAAGGCUGGAUAUUUAUUGAUUAUUAGGUUUCCAUCUUCGAAUAAAAUACCAAUAGAAAUUCUCAUGCACAUAAUGGAGUUAGAUUGGAAAAUAAUUGGCCGACAAAAAUAGCCGCGAAAAUUCAUAACUUCUGCGCUCCAUGGAUAAUAAUCGCUUUUUAUUUUAUUUCUUCCGAAUUUCCAUUAUCCGGCUCCUUCUUCUAUUAUUUCACACAAUGAAGGUUUUUUUUCAAUUUUUAGCCCUGGAGCGCAAUAAAGUUAACGUUGAACCUUUUCCAUCGAUGGUUUUUUUCGAAAUAAAUUCAUUUUUUUAAAAAAAUCAAAGUUAUUUUUGAAGUGGAUGAGAGAUUGAUUAACAGUUUUUAUUUAGUUUUACGGCUACCGUAACCCUCAAGGGUCUACGGUAACUUGAAGGAAUUUUUAAAGUUCAUUUUUGAACGGAAGUCGUCUUUUUAGACCGAAUAGGACCAGACCAAAUCAUUAAAAUUCAUCUUAUAAAUUAAAAACCCUCAUUUUCGUAUUGAGUUUUUUUUUCUUCUAUGACUUCACAAUUAUUUUUCCCAACUUCAUGACAUCACAAUGAAUGAAAAAAAGCCAAAAUUGUCAAGUGGACUCUACCGCCAACAACUACGCUCUCUCUCUCCACAUUUGGAUACACGGCCAAAAGUGGCCGACAAGUGCUGGCAGUUGA